CUGUACUCAAGAUGGCGGAAUCUGUUCGGAUGACCCAGUGCCAUUGACAUGCAAGACGAACAAUGACGUCCAGUCGAAAAGUCGACAUCAAUGUGUCUUCUGCUGAAGAUUUGGAGAGUUUAAUCGGUGUUGGACGUGCAAAGGCUGAAGCUAUUAUUGAAGCCAGAAAGGCAUUUGGAAGCUUUAGCAGCAUUGAAGAUCUAACCAAAGUUCCUGGCAUUGGCAGUAGUGUGAUUGAUCAGAACAGAAGUCAGCUGUGUUGCAGCACCAUUUCCACUCACAACAACUCUAACAACACUGCAGCUUCAGCAGCAGCAGCAGCAACUAGUAGCAGUAACUCAAACAUGAAUGUUAAUACACCGCCAGCGUCGACAAGCUCUGGAAGAACUGUUCAUAAUCCGAAAAACUGUUCAACGUGCUCACAUGCACAUAUGACUCGCCGAUCAACAGUGACAGCAACAACGGCCCAUAUUCCUACUUUAAAAAGACCUUUUAUUAACAAUGAUGAUGAUGAUGACGACGACGAUGAUUCCUCCUCCUCCUCAUCUUCUUCCUCUUCAUCGUCCUCCUCCUCGUCAUCUGCUCAAAGUCCAAGACCAUCUAGAAUUCCAGUUCCUGUGCCAUCCACUCCCAGAUCAAUGAAGAGGAAGUCUGACUUGGUGACUGAUAGUAAAAUUGGCUCUCCAGGAAAGAAAUUAUGUAGAACAGAAACACUUAACAAUUCCAGUCUAUUGACUGUGUAUAGUCACCAUCAUAAUUAUGGUACUGUUAAGACGAGUGAAUGUCAGGUUCCAAGGCGAAGACUGUCAUCACGAGUUAAUCCACCACCUCCAGAUCUCAAUGAGUGGCUCAAAACAUUUCAGAGUUGGAGUGCUUCACAACGAUUGAUGGCUUUAGAUGAAUUAAUAAACAGAUGUGAUCCGUCACAAGUCAGACAUGUCAUGUCGAUAAUAGAACCUCAAUUUCAGAGAGACUUCAUUUCAUUAUUACCCAGAGAGCUUGCCCUUUAUGUAUUAUCCUUCCUUGAACCAAGAGACCUCUUGCGAGCUGCACAGACUUGUCAGUACUGGAGGAUACUGUGUGAAGAUAAUUUGUUAUGGCGAGAGAAAUGCAAAGAAGCUGGCAUUGAAGAAGUUAAUGGUAAACAAACACGAAGACGUUCAAACUCUGGAAUGCCCCGGAGUCCAUGGAAGAGUGCUUUCAUGAGACAACAUCAAAUAGAGUACAAUUGGAGGUUUGGUGAUAUUAAAACUGCAAAGGUGCUAAAAGGUCAUGAUGACCAUGUUAUUACAUGUCUACAGUUUUGCGGACAGCGAAUAGUCAGUGGGUCAGAUGAUAAUACACUCAAAGUAUGGUCAGCUACAACGGGGAAGCAGUGUCUACGAACAUUGGUUGGUCAUACUGGAGGUGUUUGGUCCUCACAGAUGUCUAAUAAUAUUAUAAUCAGUGGCUCAACAGAUAGGACAUUAAAAGUAUGGAAUGCAGAUACCGGCCAAUGUAUACAUACCUUAUAUGGACAUACAUCAACUGUCAGAUGUAUGUGUCUCCAUGGCAAUAAAGUUGUCAGCGGCUCAAGAGAUGCAACGCUACGAGUGUGGGACAUAGAUACCGGACAGUGCUUACAUGUGUUGAUGGGUCAUGUAGCCGCUGUCAGAUGUGUACAGUAUGAUGGCAGGCGGGUUGUCAGUGGUGCUUACGACUAUAUGGUAAAAGUAUGGAAUCCAGAGACUGAAGAGUGUCUUCAUACAUUACAAGGUCAUACCAAUAGAGUAUACUCAUUACAGUUUGAUGGCGUUCACGUGGUGAGCGGUUCGUUAGACACCAGUAUACGUGUAUGGGACGUGGAAUCAGGUGAAUGUAAACAUACUCUAAUGGGACAUCAAUCAUUAACUAGUGGCAUGGAACUUAAAGAUAAUAUACUUGUCUCAGGAAAUGCUGACUCUACUGUUAAAAUAUGGGACAUCCAAUCAGGCCAGUGUCUACAAACAUUACAGGGGCCUAACAAACACCAGAGUGCAGUCACAUGUCUACAAUUCAAUAAAAAAUUUGUUAUAACAAGCUCUGAUGAUGGGACUGUUAAAAUCUGGGACUUAAAUACAGGAGAAUUCAUUCGCAAUUUAGUGACACUAGAAAGCGGUGGUAGCGGGGGUGUGGUGUGGAGAAUACGGGCCAGUCAAACCAAAUUAGUAUGUGCAGUGGGAAGCCGCAAUGGUACAGAGGAAACCAAACUUUUAGUUUUAGAUUUUGAUGUUGACGAAAAGAGAUUAUGAAAUAAGGUGAAAUGGGAUGAAGGAGUGCUUUCCUCUCGGUUAUGAUUUAAUGAAGCUGUGUCUAUGGAAACCAACGACGGAGGCUUGAUGUCUCCGGACAUAAACAUGUGAACAAGUUUGAAAGAUUGUAAUAAUACAUCUGUAGUAAUAAGGAACUGUGUGUGUUGACCAACUGAAGUACUGCUGCUUAACAGCCUUUUCUAGCAGUUUUGACAUUCAACUUGAUGAGAAUUAGUGUUUCAAUCUUUUCACGGAAAUUGGAAUAUUCAGGGAUUACACCCAUCCAACUUGAACCAUUUGUGAGACGUUUUCUGACAUAUAGAUUGUUUAUGUGAAUGUUUUUUGAAGACCCAAGUAUCAAGAUGACAUCUGCAGCAUGACAUGUUUAUUUUUUUGAAAACAAAUUAAAACUGACCCUUGGUAUGAAGAAUUCUGGAUGUAGCCAAUAGUUGGUCAAAAGGAUAGGAUUUCCUGCAACUCAAGUAUUAAUCUGCUGCAUCCCAGACUUCUGUCAUGAUAGUUUUUAAAAUAAAACAUUGUGGUACAUUUUCUUCAUAUGCUGACGAAGCUCCUACUUCCAAAUCUUGCGAUAUGACCACGGAGGAACUUGCGAGAUCAUCCUAGUUGGAGCAAUGCUGUGACAAAACCUGCUUAAAUAGGUCAAAGUUGCAGUUGUUUUUUUAUAUUUUUUAAAUGUUUCUUGUCAAGUAUUGACUGGUUCACUUGGCAACAGAUUCAUUCUUUAUCUAGUAAUUUUACUGUUGAAGUUUUUAAAUAUUUGUUCUUUUAGUGGAAAUGAACAAAAACCUCUUGGUUUAUAUUUUGUGAGGUCCAACUUCCCUUCAGGAUUAUUUGCCAUAUUAAUUUGUACCACAUUCUGUAGAUGUGGGCUGCAGAAAGUGUGCCUGGGUCAACAACUUUUGAUCUUAACUGCGCUGAAAGCAAGUAUCCCAUGAGGAUGGAAUUUGUACCAAAGAGGGCGCUAUAUUAAUCUGCAUUUUAAAUUGUGUGGGUUUUUGAUGCCAUGCCUGUUCCUGCAAUGUGCCAGUAUAUAAUAGAUACAGAGCCAUAUCAAUUCUCGUUUGAAAACAGUUUAAAUUGAAUGUGGCAUUGUUUGUGGAUAAUUAGUCUUUUUGUUUGCCUUAAUGAAUCACUUGCCAAGGAACCAGGCAACUAUGCCAUGAAUCGAGAGAUUAGACUGUAUAUAUUCAUACUUGGGGAGUUUCUGGGGACAAUUAGAUUAGUGAGACUCAGGUUCGUUCAGGUGUAUUUUUUGUUGUUUUUUACCAAAAUUUAAUUCCCCACCCCUUUUUUUGUAAGACCACACCUCUUUAUUGUUUUUAUAGCUUUUGAAUUUUUUUGUGUGAAACUUUGGUGAUACCAUUUACAUACAAUUAGGAAUGCAUCAAAUUAAAGGGGGGUAAAGUUCGUAAUUACAAUAUUUAUUGUACCUGAACAAGCAUAGGAACACCCCCGUAACCAUUCCUGCAUGCCACAAGUUGAUUAUGUUUGUCAAUGAUGCAUAUUAUAGAUUACAAUAACAGGGAAUUUGAGAGCAUUUCUGAACCUGGGUCUCCACCCCAAUACUGACAUGUGUUGUAUUAUUGAACAUGCAACAAAGAAAGCAUUUUUAAACCAUUGUACUAGUUUAUCAAAAAAGUGGAUUCAUAUGUAUUGGAUUGGUAAAAGUGCAAUAAAGUUUUACCAACACCAAAA